AUGAAGAAGAAAGUGUUUGAGACCUUGAGACUGGUGGAGCAAAUCCUAUCUGAAUUCCAGCUACGGGAAGAGGAUUUGAAGGAGGUGAUGCGUCGGAUGCAGAAGGAAAUGGACCGAGGCUUAAAACUAGAGACGCACAAGGAGGCCUCAGUGAAGAUGCUGCCCACAUAUGUACGGUCCACACCAGAAGGAUCAGAAGUUGGAGAUUUUCUAUCUUUGGAUCUCGGCGGGACCAAUUUCCGAGUGAUGCUGGUCAAAGUGGGAGAUGUUGAGGAAGGGCAAUGGAAGGUGAAGACAAAACAUCAGAUGUACUCCAUUCCAGAGGAUGCCAUGACAGGAACCGCUGAAAUGCUCUUUGAUUAUAUUUCGGAAUGCAUCUCCGAUUUCCUGGACAAACAUCAAAUGAAGCACAAAAAGCUGCCUCUGGGCUUUACAUUUUCCUUCCCUGUUCGACAUGAAGACAUUGACAAGGGCAUUUUGCUGAAUUGGACGAAAGGCUUCAAAGCAUCUGGAGCUGAAGGGAACAACAUUGUGGGGCUUUUGAGAGAUGCUAUCAAGCGAAGAGGGGAUUUUGAGAUGGAUGUAGUUGCAAUGGUCAAUGACACAGUAGCAACGAUGAUCUCCUGCUAUUAUGAGGAUCACAGAUGUGAGGUUGGCAUGAUUGUGGGCACAGGCUGCAAUGCUUGCUACAUGGAGGAGAUGGAGAAUGUGGAGCUGGUAGAAGGAAAUGAGGGACGGAUGUGUGUGAACACCGAAUGGGGGGCUUUCGGGGAAUCGGGAGAGUUGGACGAAUUCCUCUUGGAGUACGAUCGUGUGGUGGACGAAACCUCACUUAACCCCGGUCAGCAGCUGUUUGAGAAGAUCAUAGGUGGGAAGUACAUAGGGGAGAUUGUACGACUAGUGCUGCUAAAACUGGUCAAUGAAAACCUACUCUUCAGUGGAGAAGCUUCGGAAAAGCUGAAGACCAGGGGAUCGUUUGAAAGUCGUUUUAUCUCACAGAUUGAAAGUGAUGCUGGUGACCGCAAGCAGAUUUACAAUAUUCUAACCUCUUUUGAGCUGUUGCCUUCUGCAAUGGACUGUGACAUUGUUCGGAUGGCCUGUGAGAGUGUUUCCACAAGGGCUGCCCAGAUGUGCUCAGCUGGGCUGGCUGGGGUUAUCAAUCGCAUGAGGGACAGCAGAAACGAGGAGACGCUGAAGAUUACAGUGGGGGUUGAUGGAUCAGUCUACAAGCACCAUCCUAGUUUCAAAGGGCGUUUCCAUGCGUCAGUCAGGCGACUCACUCCAGGCUGUGACAUCUCCUUCCUGCAGUCAGAAGAAGGCAGUGGCCGAGGAGCCGCUCUCAUCUCUGCUGUAGCAUGCAAAAUGGCUUGCAUCAUUGGCCAAUGAGAUGGACCAUGAAAGGAAGGCACCUCUUUUUUUCUCAGUGAUACAGGAUAUGUUGUUUUGGAGGGCCCAGGAGCAGGACCAGUAGGAGGACAUUUUUCCUGGGCAGUUGAAUGACCACUGGAUGGAACAACGGCUGGAUCAACACUGGGCUCCUCCUAACGUCUAUUUGUAGAGAAUGCAAUAAUUCUUUCAAACUUCAGCUUCUCCUUUUUCUUCAAAUUCUCCUCUAAUGCUUGAUGAAGGGAGGAGGGGGAUGAUGGCUUAGGGUUUCACUGAAGAAUUGAGGGGGGGGGUUCAAUAUAUGCAUUAAAGCAGAUUCACAGAGUUCUAUGGUGGAGUUGGGUGAACAGGAAGGACAUUAAUUUGUUGGGGGAAAAUUCAACAAAAAGAUCUUGGACAAUCAGUCAAUAAGAAGAGUAACCCAAAUACUGUUUCUCCCAGUAAAAUGAUUAUUGGAGCAUUGCUUUAUAGACUGGAUAGCACUGCACUUAGAAGACAAUAUAGGAAGGCAUAGAU